UAUACUGCUUUACGUUUAGAGGCCAUAGACGUCACUCCCUGCGCCAGUGUUAUGAUUGAUCAGAUCAGCGCCUACCACCAUCACUGAGCAGAAGAAGCAACUCACAGGAGCCUGGAAGAAAAGGAAAGUUCAGCUUUAGCAUCGGCGAAACAACUCAGCAAUCAUGCACAAAUGUUGUGGAAAGACUUCCAAGCUUCUGAAGGUGUCAGCUCUUGUCCUCUUCAUUGCGCUUAUCCUUCAUCUGAUUGGAUUUGCCUCACCAUUCUGGAGUCAGAGAUUCAACUCAAAUGAAGGUCUUUGGGAAGCUUGUCAAGCAGGAAUAUGUCUGUCCACUGACUCCUCGCCUCUUCUGCAGACUCAAGAAUGGUUCAAGGCAGUGCAAGGGGUGAUGAUCGUCUCCUUCAUCACUGCUGUCGUCACAGUCAUCCUGACGCUGGUGUUAUUGUUUGCUGCAUCCCUGGCACGAUCGGUACCUCUCAUCAUUGCCACACUGGCGUUCGCCGUAGGCACAGGUGUCUUCAUCCUGAUCGGCGUGGCGGUGUAUGGAGUUCAGGCCAGUGUGCUGUUUGAAGAUCUGUUUGGUCAAGAGUUCGAAGUCGGCUUCGCCUACAUCCUCUCAGUCAUCUCCAUCUUCGGCUACUUCAUCGUGGCUCUCAUGCUGGCUGUUGAUAUUGACCACAAAGUGACCAAGGACAGAGAGAUUGGCGAGGGCGAAGGAGACGCCGAGAGCGGAGAAGCUGCUGACGCUGAAGCCGAUGAGCCUGUGGCCGACAAUGCUGGGGAAGAAGCAACCGCUUCCAAACCAGAUAAGGUGAACAUGGCCGAGGACUCCGUGAUGAGCAGCUCAGACGCUGGGAACAACGCGAACAACGCGAGCAGCGUGAACAAUGCGAACAACGCGAACAACGCGAGCAGCGUGAACUACGCGAACAACGCGAGCAGCGUGAACUACGCGAACAACGCGAGCAGCGUGAGCAACGUGAACAACGAUGUUUAAUCGGCAGUCAAACCAACUCACCCCCACAACAAUGACAUCUGACCAACCUUCUUGCCCUAGUAUCACAGCCCCAGUGAAAGCCAGGCACACUCCACAAUUGUAUGAAGGGUGCAGCAGACUAUCCUUACUGUACAAUCCGAACCAACAUAUCAUCUUUGAAUUUAUUAUGAUUAUAUCUAAGUUAGUCUACAUACGCUGUAUGAAAUGUAAUUCCUGUCUCCCUCAGGGCACUUUUAAAUUAAUCAUUUGUAGUUCAUCAUUCUGUUGAACUGUAUGAUAAUAAUACUACGAUCUUGAACGUUAGCUUAUUACCAUUAUUUAAAUUUGCCUGUGACCACUAAGGGCCUGUGGGCAUGGACUUGGAUGUAUCGCUGCGUGAAAUAGGACACUCCAUGGAGAAUCUUCAUAAGAGAAAGUAACCUAGUUGUGUGUUUAUGUCUGUUUACAGCUUUCGAAAACGUAUGAACAAAGUUUUAGUUUGUUCGAGAAAGCAACACAUUCCAUAUUUGUCUGUAAACCAUAACUUGUUAGAUGAUCAAUAAAUUGCAAGAACGAUA